AUGCUUCCCACCAGCUUCACACACUUUGACAACCUUGACAGCUUACCAUACAUCGACUAUGACAUUACACCACAGGAAAGAAGAAGAGUCGAAGAGCUUGUCCAGAAUGAAGUAGCCCAACUCGACACGACAGAGGUACAUCCAGCAGCAGGCCCCGUACUCCCGCUUUCUUCAAGCAUGGACAGAUUUCGCCGGCCCCAACAGGGUGAACAGGCUAACCAGAACAAUCCAGAAUAUGAUAAUGCUGAGCCACCUGUCAUCCAGGGUAUCGAUAUGUCGAGGUACACAGAUUUCCAUGACGAUGAUGACAAUGAUGCCGAUAGCGAUAACCCAGACCACACCAACCAGGACCGCAUGUACACGUCCUUGGCUUAUUCGAUGCUACGGGAGCGCAACUCCCGCCUUGCCCUUCAAAACGACGGUAGCAUGGGUAGCAUACGAGAAGCCCACCUCGAACUGCUUCUGAAAACGGAGCUGCUGUAUCGCAACGAGUUGGAACGAAAACGCCGGCAAGUUGAAGAUAUCAAUGAGAUUCGAAAGAAGCGUCAAAUCGAUUUCCAGCCGAUAAACGAGCAUCUCGAGGAGAAAUGGCACGACGGUAUUAACUCCAUGAUCGACAUGGUGAAUAUCGCCGUCAAAAGCAACCCUGAAGCGCUUUUAAGAUCCUUCAAUGUCCAGGAUCGCCUUAUGCCCAACGAUGCCAUCAACAAUAUCCCCACUGAGUUCGUAAUUCCACCCAACGUGGUACCCCAGAGAGAACCUGUCGAGCAGGAUCGAGACAUUCAGCCUGCUGGUGUCGACCUAGCCCAUGCCGUGUUUGAAGACAGCCUUGACUCGCUUGGAACGGGGCCCUCUCUGCGACGCUCUAGAUCUCAUGUACUCAAUGGUGGAGUGCUACUACGGAGAGAGGAAAGAGCCUUGAGGAAUCUCACUCCGGAGGAAGCUCACCUGUGGGACAUGUUUGAGCAAGCACGAACAGGCGGUCUGGGCACCACUCCUGCCACUCCUGCCGAGGAUAAACCUAGAAGGAAACGGAGAAGGCGAGGAGAAGCCGCUGCGGAACCAGUGUCUGCCCAAUCUCCUCCAGAUGCCUCUCAAUCCCCAUCAGAGGCAGGUUCCUCUAGAAUUAGCUCGCUUAUGAGCCAGAUAAGGCUGAGGCCGAGAAGUUCAAUCACUGACGAGAGACCCGCUGUCCAGUUACCCUCUGUUGCCCCAACGAUGACUAGGAUGUCUCCGUUGAUCAGCCCGGUGACGAGUGACAGUGAAUCUGAACUUCGAAGACCAGCUUUCGAGCGCCCCGGGAGAGAGCUUACUCUCGAGCAAAAACGCAUAAUUCAGAAGCAUGUUCGUGAUAAUCUUCGUCCAUUGUAUACUCCAAAUGAUCCGACGAAGACUGGAACCAUCACUACAGAGGAUGAGUACAUCCGAAUCAACAAAAGCAUUUCCCGCAAAAUUUACUCGGCAAUACUUUCGCUGGGAGAGGAAGAAGGACCGCAAAUUUAUGAAGAUUAUUUUGAUAAUCCUAGCUCAAAGCUAAGAGAUUUGGUCGAUUGCUGUGUCCAGCGAGAACUAGCAGGUAUUAGAUAUGGGUAA